AUGAGGCCUUGGCGAGCUCUACACACACCCGGGAGGCCCCUGCUUCCCCGCAGCAGCAGCAGCAGCAGCAGCAGCUUUCUAGGGGGCCUUGAAGACGUGGCUGCGCGCAGCAGCGGGAAGCGGCUGUUUGCUGCUGCAGCGCAGCACGGCGCAGCAACAGCUUCGCUGUCCUGUGCUGCAGCAGGACAAGACGACGAGUUCAGCAGCUGCAGCAGCGGGCUGAGCGACAGCAGCGACGACGGCGCCGGCAGCAGCAGCAAAAGCGUGCGCAGCCUCGGAAGCCGCAGCAGCUGCAGCAGAAGCAGCAGCAGCAGCAGAAACAGCUCCCCCACCCCUCGCGGGGACAGCCCAGGGGAUCGGCAGCUGUCAGUCCCAGCAAGUGUAGCAGCAAGUACAGCUCCUUCUGCUGCUCUUUGUGUCGACAGUUUGCAGGCGCCUCUUGGCGCUGCUGCUGCUGAUGCUGCUGCUGCUGCUGCUGCCGCUGAUGGCGCCCCCUGGCUGCUGCAGGGCAAGCUCAAGGCGGAGUCCAGCGGCAGCAGCGGAGCCCCAGGCGCCUCCUCUACUGCAAAUAGCGGCAGCAGCGAAGUAGCAGCAGCAGCAGCAGCUCCUGCUGCAGCGGCAGCUGCUGCGGAGCCCGCCGCGCCGGCCGCAGCGCCAGCAGCAGCAGCUUCAGCUGCUGCCUCUGCUGCAGCAAGCUGCAGCGGCGGCAGCAGCAGCAGCUUUGCUCCGGCUGUGGGGAAGGAGGUGGCGGCUGUGGGGUGUCUCGACCGUCCAGCCAUCGCCGCUGCAGGAGCGCCUUCGCGAGGCAGCAGCAGCAUAAGCAGCACGCAGCAGCAGCAGCAGCAGCAGCAGCAGCAGCAGCAGCAGCAGGUGACGUCUUCAGCGCAGCCUUUCCAGACGCCGCGUUCUUCGGUGUCCCCUCAGAGCGCGCCGAGUGUUUUGCGGCCGUCCGGGAGCGGCGCAGCAGCAGCAGCAGCAGCAGUGGCUGCGGAGGCAGCGGGGAUGGCGGCUGCUGCAGCGGAGACGGCGGCGACAGCAGCGGCAGCAGCAGCAGCAGCAGCAGCGCCGCAGCGAGCUGGCAGCAGCGUGGAGGCUUCGAACGCGUCCUGCGGGUCGCGGCUGCUGAGCUUCUCGAGCGAGGGGCUGCAGGCGGUCCCGGGCGUGCUGCAGCAGCAGCAGCUGCUGCUGCAGCAGGGGGAGGCGCAGAGCAGCAGAAGCAGCAGCAGCGCGAGCAGCCCGUCGCGGCUGUACAGGCUUUGCGGAAGCAAGCAGACUUGA